UGACAACCCACUAUCAAACUAGUUAAAAUUAGUGCAGCCUAAUGGCUGGACUACCAUUAAUUGUACAUUACCGAAUACCUUGAACCGUACGGAAACAACACGAAGCGAUAGCAAAGAAAUCAGUCGAUCUAUACAGGCUACAGACCACGAUACUGAAUAUAUAUUAUCACUGAACUUUCACAGACUGAUCGCUCAAAGUAGUUAAAAGCAAAACAGACAGGCCUGUCUGUCUAGUCGUUUGCACCGCGUGUAAAGUGUUCGAAAACUUACUCUAUCAACUACUAGUUUCAAUUAUCAGAUUGUCUGAAGGCGACUACUGCAACUCAAAGUUGGAUGUGUUACUGCGCGCUUGGAUGUUUAUAUGACCCAACAAUUUAUUAAAGAUCGUGGAUCGAUCCAUGAAUAUUACAAUAGCUUUGAGUAAAGUAACGAAAUAAUCUCAUUCUGCUCACACGGCAACUUCAAAGCAACGUGAUACAGCUAGAUGCAGACCUGACAAAGUUGAACGUGACACACUGCCUGACUUCAUCUAACGAUCGUGUUAUUACUAAUCGUUAUUGGUUUAUUUUAUUGUUGAAUAUUUCUAUCUUUAAGGACUCAAAAGUUCAAAUGUUUCAGUAAGAGUUAAUGACAACUACCACCACUGCUUUGAUGCAAGUUAACCAAAUGAUGUUGUGGAUAAUCUUAUUUAUUGGGGUGAACAUCUUCACAUUCAUUUUAUGGCUGUGUCUUUUACUUCUUGCUCAAAUUAAACGAACAAAUAUAGAACAGCCAGUCCUCAUCGUCACUGCACAUCCGGAUGAUGAAUAUAGCGGAUACGACGUAGACCUGCUUUGCUUUACCACUGGGAAUUAUGGUGGACUUGGCCAUGAAAGGAAGCGUGAACUGGACGUCGCAAUGAAGAAAUUGGGAAUCCGACGUUCAACCAUUAUUGAUUCAGAUAAAUUUGAGGAUGGUCCUAAUUCAUUUUGGCCAACAGAGGAAUUAAUUGAUGUAGUCUGUCAAACAUGUCAUAAGUUCCGUUCUCGUUCUGUGGUAAGUUUCGACGAAUUUGGUGUAAGUGGACACAGAAACCACUGCGUACUUGCAAAAGUCUUGAAAAAAGCGUGUAGAGACCAACUUAUUCCCCAAUUAUUUGUCUUACAAAGUGUUUCCAUUUUACGUAAAUAUUGUUUCUUAAUUGACCUAUUGAUUUCUAUUUUACUUAAAGAGAACUUCAUUUGUUCACCUUUUCGAUUACUGUACGUUCCUUAUUUCAGUAUGAUAAGUCAUAAAUCACAGUUAGUUUGGUUCAGAUGGUUAUACAUGUACUUCUCUGUCUAUAUGUACAAAAACUGCAUCAUACGAUAUGAACGCUAUUCCUGAAGAACUUGGUAGCAUCCACUUGAUUCAUCUGCAUCUGAUUUUCUUAUAUGCUCAGUAUUUUUGUUCUUUAUGGUUUUCAGAUUUAAAAAUAUCACAAAUUCAGCUGCGAUCGAAUAGUUUAUGCUUACAGUAAAUCAUUAUGAUAGCUCUGGGAGCCAAGUAACACUCAGUUAAAAGCAAGUUGUUAAGGACGUAUGAUAUGACAAAGAUUAUUUUUAUGUUCAUUGUAAAUUGUACGCAAGUAUUCACAUAAAAGCUCUCUAAAUAUACUUCCGACUAUCAACCUUCAAUACAAUACGCUCACAAAA